UUCGGGCUGCGCGGAGCCCUCGCGACUCGCGACCACACUCCUGUGCCCUGCCCCGCGGCGCCCCCAGCGCCCUCUGUGCCCUCGCCUCCCUCGCUCGCGUCGCCCCGGGCCAUUUCUUCCCCCAGCCCCUCUUCCCUUUCCCUUGGCUCUCAGCCCCCAAGUUCCAGCCACCCUUUCUGCACAGACCCCUGGACCUCAGCGGAGCCCCGAGCGUGGAGGUGCGUCCCAGCCCCACGGUCCGACGGGCUUCCCCCCGGAGUCCCCACUGCCACCCUCAAUGCGGCCGACGCUGCCCUCGGCUCCCGGCCUGAGCGCACGCGCGCGGCGCUGGGUUUGGUUCUCCGCGGCCCCCAGAACCGCAGGACUCCUGUCCUCAGAGCCCCGCGUACAAGGCGCGGGAAUUUGGAGUCAAGACUGGAGGACUGUAGUGCUGGUUCUGUCCCCAGCUGCUUCACUUCGUCUUUCUGAGCCUUCGUGUCUCCAUCUGUGAAGCGGGGAAAACGUCCUUGUUGCCGACGGAAAGCGAAGAAGAGAUGUGUGAGAAGUGGAGAGGGACUUUUUACCGAGCUCCCACUCCUCGGGGUAUCGGCUGCUUUAGCUACAGCGUGUCUGAUUGCUGGUUCUUUUGCACUUCUCUCUGCCCGGUUUCUGGAGUGUAGGGGUUGCCUGUCUACUGUAGUCUUUAUCUUUGAGGCAACCUCAGCUCUUGGCGCACAAGGCUUGGCAAAUACAAAGUGCUCAAUACGUGCUGACUGAAUGAAAGGAUGAAAGGUGGAAACCAUAAAAACGUGUGGAAAUGUCAAGAAUAGUUAUUCUGAUGGAGUGACCAGGCUGGACUCCUGUUCAUCCAGCUCCCAGGGUUUCUUCCUGACCAGCGGAGCCUGCUGGCACCUGGGGCUAAUGGUUCUCGAUUGUAGACAGUGAAUACCAGACUCCUCAAAGCUCCAGCCUGCAGCCCGGGAAGCUGCUCAGUCAUUCCUCGACCAUCUGCCGGCCUCUGGUGCCACUGCAGUGGAUGACAUAUCUCUUGUUAAUUCUCAAAUCUGGAAAGCCCUUUGGCCAAAACGCUAAGAAUCUGACCUGGAUUGAGAAGCAAGCCGGAUCUGAGUGGGGCAGUAUGGAUGCUAUCAACCAAUCCCCUGCAGAGGCUGUGCUUCCCAAGCACAUCUUGGAUAUCUGGGUCAUUGUCCUCAUCAUCCUGGCCACCAUUGUCAUCAUGACCUCCUUGUUGCUGUGCCCCGCCACUGCAGUCAUCAUCUAUCGCAUGCGAACUCAUCCGGUCCUCAACGGGGGUGUCUGAGAACCGCUCAGGAGGGUCAGGCUGGGUAUGAGGACAUGGGUCCCAUCUCCCAGCCUGUUCUCAGAAAACAAGUGGGAUGGACUUUGGAGUCAGAUCUGCGCUCUAAUUUUGAUUCUACAGCUGGCCAGCUGUGUGAAUUUGGUCAAGCAGCCUAACUCUGAGUUCCAGGUUCCUUAUCUUUCAAUGAGGGAUCAUGGUCCCCACCCUUCCUACCUCAUAGGGCCGUGAGAACCAAGCAACUCAGCAAAGGUGAAAGCUGUUUAUGAGCUGUAAGUCCAACGCAGGUGUUAACAUUGUGUGCUGAGAAGCUUUGAAGAACCAGAGAAGCUAAAAGCUGGUGAUGGCCUGAAAGUUGGUGAGAGGGAUGCUGGAGACAGAGCAGCCUUUGCCAGUGCCCCUCGAAUGAAACUAGGCACAGCCACUCUGUCCUUCCAGGGGACCAACAUUGUCCCUUUGGAUUGCUACUCCCUCAAGUUUUCUCAGCUGGGGGAGGGAGGGCUGAGUUUGACAGAGGAAUUGAGGUGGGAAGAACUUUCCAGAACCUUCUCUGUGCCAGAGUUUCUGCCCCUAUAUAAUUUAGAGGAGGGUCCCAUUUUCAUCUGCCAGUGACAAGGGAGUUGGGGUGAUGGGCUUCUUUCUGCACUGGAGUCUCAUGUCUCUGUAAACUUUGGCACUCAAGCAAUGUUGGAAGAUGCAGGCUGGCCAAGUUUGGUGCCCAGCUUUCAGGGCCUCCAGUCUCCCCUUAUGUGCCCCAUGAGAUGCUGUAUCACUGUUUCCCAGCUCCUGCUACAUGAGCUUCAAAUGUACUGCCCUCCCUCCCCCACUGGCACUACAGCCAGUCUAUGGUACUUAUAUUUUACAAGAUAUUCCCAAGGCAUUUGAAACCAAUUUAAAAUAAUGAUGGUGUUUUAGAUGCUACGAUUUAUAUUUAUAUAGAGAGAUUUCCAGACCACUCAAACGAUUUGAUACCCGAAUCAGGGGCAUCUUAGAAUUUAUUAAAUUAUGUUAGAAGAUAGGACAGAUAGUAGAAUAUGACUGUGUAAAAAUAAUGCUUUUCCUUGAUUGUACUUCAUUGAUGUACACAACAAAUUUCCAAUAAAAUGUUAGAAUGAACA